UUGCUGAAGGAGACCAUGGAAGAAGAAGAAGAGGCGGACUUUCUCUCAGCUCCGGCGGCGAAGCGUUUCCCUCAGCUCUGGCCUCUCCCCAGGUUCCGCUCCCACAGUGAUGUGUCCGGAUUCCGCUCCAGAGUUCGGUUCAGGCUCCGGGGAGCGCGCUCAGGACGGGAGGAGGAGCCAGCCAACAGUGGUGGAGACAGCGAGGGAGGCAGGGAGGGAAGAGUGAUGAAGGAGGGAAGCGUAGAGAGACAGAGGAAGACCGUGAAGGCGGGUUGGGGGGCCCCGGUCCGGCCCGGUGCUCGGUCUGAAAUGGGUCAGACCGCGGUGUCCGCCGUGUCUCAGACAGCGAGCGUCGAUGGCCUGGAGAAAUCUUCUGUGGCCGGCUGUGAUGUGGUGGUGGACAAUGCCAGCAACACACAGAAUGCCCACACAUCACGACAGCAGCGAGGCAAGCUGUCAUCUCUGGGAAAACUGUUCAAACCCUGGAAGUGGAGAAAGAAGAAGACCAGUGACAAGUUCCAGGAUCUCUCUAAAGUUCUUGAGAGGAAAAUCUCCACCAGACAAACAAGGGAGGAGCUCAUCAGAAAAGGAGUUCUCAUCCCUGAACAAGAUGAACCAAUCAGUAGUGAGAAUCUUAACGGCCACGCAACGUCCAGUUUGACAGCAGAGGAGGUCAAAGUGGACAUUGAGUCUCCAGAAACGGUGCUAGAGGAAGAUGCCUCUGGGCCAGUGAGCACUGAGGAGAAAACAGAUAGAUGUGAUAAACCAACUAAACCAACAUCUCGGGCAAACCAAGUGCGACCUCGGGACACUCAAGAUAAAAAGCAGCAAAGCAGCAGUCUGCCUGCCAGUACCAAAACUGCUGGUGGCACAACCACCACAACAAGGCACAAAGAUGGUGCCUCAGGGGCUAAAAAUACAUCCAAAUCUACAGGCAAGGCCAGCUCAUCCACACAGGCUAAAGCUCACUCAAGGCACACUAACACCACUAGUCGAGGGACUGCCAAAUCCUCUCAUCCAAAGAAGACGGGAUGCACAACAAAAACCACCUCCACACCUCGUUCUCGUGUACCUAAGGAUGCUAUCAAACCUGCACAAUCUGAUGGGAAAGAUGUGAAGAAAAACCGGAAAUCAGACACUCCAGCACCUUCAACUGUACCACAGAAAACCGCCACAGAGACUCCAAGUCAGCCUGGAGAGUUAAAAUCCACCCCACUUUCCUCAGGCAAUGAAACAGAAGGAACACAAGUGCUUUCAACACCAGAUCCAGAGCCGAAACCUGCUCCCAAUGGCUCAAAUGCGGUUGAGGAAACUCGCAAAGAUUUGCCUCCUGAAACCACAGUCCAGUCUUCCCAUAUCAACAUGUCUACAGAAGAAACAUCCUUCACAGAGGGAGAGACGAAUAGCAGCUCACAGGGGGAGAAACGGAGGAUAGAUGUGAAGGAAGGGGGAGAUGGAAAGAAGAAAGAAGGAACAGAGUGUGGAGCAGAGAGCACCCCGAGGUCAGCAGAGGGCGAAGCAGAAAAGUCGCAGCGCCUCAGUGUGAAAACGGAUCAGGCCGAGGUGACUGUUAUCCCCGAUGUACCCAGAGACACCCAGACUAGUGACUCUGAUUCUGACGGACCCAUCCUGUACCGGGAUGAGGAUGAAGAGGAGGAGGAAGAUGAAUAUACGAACAGCUCUUUAGCCAUCAAGAUCCGCCGGCGAGACACUCUGAACAUUAAGCUUGGCAACAGACCCAGCAAGAAAGAGCUGGAGGAGAAAAACAUUCUGCCGCGGAGCUCCGAGACUGAGAGACAUGAGCUCCGUCAGCAGAUAGGCAGCAAACUAGUCAGGCGCCUGAGCCAAAGACCCACCACAGAGGAGCUGGAGCAGAGAAACAUCCUCAAGCAAAAGAAUGAAGCAGAAGAACAAGAAGCCAAGCAAGAGAUUAAAAGAAGACUUUCCAGAAAGCUGAGUGUGAGGCCGACAGUAGCAGAACUUGUUGCUCGGAGGAUCUUGCGCUUCAAUGAGUAUGUGGAAGUAACGGACGCCAAGGAUUACGACCGUCGGGCAGACAAGCCCUGGACACGCCUCACCCCUGCUGACAAGGCUGCUAUCCGUAAGGAGCUGAAUGAGUUUAAAAGCCGAGAGAUGGAGGUUCAUGAAGACAGCAAACACUUCACCAGGUUCCAUCGGCCAUAAAUGCUCUUACUUCUACUUCAACCUGGAGAAUCCCAGCAUCUCCCAGCCCUCCACAGCUUCACUUCCGUCACUGUGGAAUCCAGCUGACCCUUUUUCCUCAUUAACAGGAACUUUGGCCUGUCUUAGCGAGAAAAGUUCAGAUGUUGAGGAUCACAAUAGAACAUGGCUGCAAUUGGUGUAGUUGGGUUACUUUCAGUGUUAGCUAGCAGUCAUAGGUCAGUGGGACAUUUGACAGAGCCGAGCCAUUGUUGCGGAAAUUUGCCUCUGCUGAGCUUUUCCUGCUGUGGCACUUCAAAAUGUUCCAUGUGAAGUAGUUCUGUUGCUCCUGAUGAAACAUAUUUAUGUCUAUGAUGACAGCUACAAGUGUGUCUUAAGGCCAUGGCCAUUUGAAGGCACCCGUGAAACAUUUGCACAUAUCUGUCCUUAAAACAGUGCUGGUUUGGAUUAUUUAUUGUUGACUCGGAAGUGGUUGGUAUUUUUGUCGUCGUGUUUUAAUUACUUUCAGGCCUUGUGAUGAGAAGUCGCAUGGUGGAUACAAAAAGCAACGUUACCUUUUAUAGUUUUGAUGUGACUUGUGUACCAUGGAUUUUGUCUACUUGCCAAGCAUGCCUUGUCAUGACAUGGACUAAUGGCCAUAUAUGGGCAUCCAGCUAUAACAGGAAACGAGGAUGAUUGGGUGGUUUCGUGAUGUCAGUGCCUAUGUCACAGAUCAGUCUGGUGGAGGAGCAGUUAGCUUUGCUCUGAUGUGCCUCUCGGAGUUGAAUUAUAGAAAGUGCAGUGAGUAUUUUAGAUAGACUUAAGUGAUAUUGCCACUAGAGGGCAGCAUAUCACAACGCUUACAGAUGAGGCCGCGUUUAGAACUUGGAAGUGAACGACUUCUAAAGCUGAGAUAAUAACGAGCAGCUGAGGCUCAAACAGUGACAUGCAGCGAAGUUCCCUUCCUCUCCCGGUUGUACAGGAGGACACACACCUGUCUUGCAGCAAGCGUACAAAACCUCUGUUCUGGUUAGAGGAUCCAUGUUUUAACGGCAGUUUGUAACCGAAGUCAUUUGGCAGGGUCCUCUCACACAGAGUACUUGAUGCCAAAGAACAAACAGGGAUUUAAUGGUAGGUUGCUUUACUUAAUUAGAAACUUACAGCUUUGAUUUAACUGGCAGUCGGCACAAAAAGGUUUUAUCAGUCGUUUAAACGUACGAGUUUCUCCACUAAAACAGUCUGCUGUAAGGCAGGAGCACUUCAAUUCCCUGAAUGUGCUUUUGAAAUGCAGGCAGGUCAGUUAGGCUUAAAGGAAAAUGAAAAACAACGAAUGUUUACCAAAGUGGUGUAAUCUUUAGCUUUUGUUAUUUGCACCACCACAGGAUUCCUGCGCUUUUUACAUUUCAGCCUAACAUGCACAUUGAUUCCAGCAUGUUAGUCUGUUUUUAUCAACCAAUUCAGUCUCUACUAUUAGUCUGGACAUGCACAGGAAGUUAAUCUGUGCCUAUUACUGAUUAUACUGAUCCGAUAUAUAGUGUUUACGCUGGAGAAAGACAAAAAAUCUGAACGGGUUUUUACUUUUAGGCAUAAAAUGGUUGCAAAGUGACACAGUGGAGGCUUGUUUUUUUAAUACAAAGUAAAUAUAUUUUAUGAUUGGCUUAUAACAUUUUUUAGAUGGUUCUUUAAUGGGUUCAUAUCAUUUUUACCUUUAAGUCCUCCAUUGAGAUUAAAUCCAAUUACUCAAGAUGCAUGUUAAUGAAGUAUGUGAAGAAUCUUAAAUUAACAUGUUCUCUUUCUGUGACGGCAGAAUUACUCAUCCACAAGAAUGUAGAAGUCUUCUGAUCAGUGGAUUAUUACAGUUUGAACUCUCCCACCUCCAAAAGCCCAUGUUCCUUAUUUUCAGAGCCCCAACCUCUGCGAACAGUGAUCAUUCUUACAGACAGUAACUGAAAAGGACAGAUAUUCUUUCUGCUUCUGAAUGUGAGGGGGUUGUAAACUAAAACAAUGUACAGUAAUGGAAAAUAACAAACAGUAUUCAUUCCUGUCUAUGCUGUUAUAUAUUGAUUAUUUUGUACAGACUGUAUAUCAAGCAUGUGCAUACAAUGAAAUCAGUUUUACUGCAAAUAUGAUACAAUACAUCGUUGUGAAUGUUUUAAGUUCUAAUGUUAGUUGUCUUGUUUUGAAUUCAUGUACUGAUUGAAACAUGAGGAGUAAAGCUAUGAUAAAAAUAUUAGCCAUCAAUUUAAGCACAGUCCAGACCAGACAUGUUCCAGAGAGAACAGCUUUCCCCAUUUGUUUUCUCUUUAGUGUAACAGCUUUUUCUUAUACAUAUUUUCUACCUCCUGUUCAGAGGUGUUUUUAAUGUAUUUUCUUUUAAUAUGCCCAAAUUUGAAUGUGUUUGUGAUCACAAACAACCUGCUUAGGCCGGGAGGAAGAGGACUGUGAUCCCUUUCAGUCGGGCUGAGAGCGGCCCCAGCACACCCACAGAAAGUAGUAGUAGUAGUCUUCCUGGUUGUCUGACAACAACAAAUGAUGAAAAAACACAAAAACAUUCAUUUAGUUAAAGCACAAGUUUAGCAUUCACAAACAGGAUGUUUUCAGAAUAUCAUCAACCAGGGGAGUCGGUGUGGGAUGCAUCUACAAUAGCUGAUCUCUACUCUCUGUUGGCAGUCUUUCAUCAGAGCAGAAGGUACAAGCGGAUACUUUAAAAUUGUCUUAACAUUUGCCUUUAAUCAAAUUCUGUUUUAUAAAUUUGUAAAUAAAUACAGGGAUAUAAAUAAACUGUUUCUGAAUUAGAAACUCUACUCAUAAUCAGUCCAGUUGUGAUAGUCCUAGAAGAUAUUUAUGGCUGUUCAAUCUCAUCUGUAUGGGGAAUGUAAAACAAACACAAUAAAUCUUUAGAGUCGGACCCCAAGAGUCAUUUCCCUGGAUUAUUGCUAAACUAAUAUAUCAGAUAUUUUGAUUGAAUAUAAUAAUGUUUCUCUAACUUUCCUUUUGUAAAGUAUACGCAUCCGUCUUGUAUGGUUGUCCACUAAUUUAUAAAUAUGGCUAAAUUUAAGAUUGUCUGCU